AUUGUAUAAUGUGGAAUAAAUAUAUUGGUUCCUUAUCUUGGAAGUUUUAGAAGCUUUCAGUCAACGUGUCGAUGUUUCUUUAAAAUAAGAAACGGUGCCUCCAACCAGUAGCCCGGAUUUUCUUGUUGACAUUUUAGCUGUGUGUAAGGCUUACGCUGCUUUUUGGCAUCAGUCAUGGUGAUAGCUGAUGCAGAAAGUCCAGGUCCCUUAAAGAAGCGACCAAGAUUGUCUCUAAAGGUUCAGAAGAACAAUGAAAGCAAAGAUGUCAAAGUAGGCAAGGAGGAGAAAGAUCAAGGAGGAGAAAACGGAAAAGAAGUCUUUGAAGAAGAAAAUGAUGUCAUUGCAAGGGAUGUAAACAAAGAAGAAAAUUCCAAGUCUGUUGUUCCUGCAGCCGCUUCUUUGGAGAACUUGGGUAACACCUGCUUCCUGAACAGUGUGCUACAGGUGCUCAGGUACACUCCAGGCUUCUUACCUGGACUGGAGCUGUUGUAUCAGGAAAUAAUCCAAGUCGAAAAACUCAGAAAGCAGGAUGUACUCAACAAGGAGGAUGCUGGAGUGUUUGAACCUUUGGAGAGCAACAAAAGUAUUCAUCUGGUGAAAGAUCUAUAUAGGCUGUACAAAAAUAUGGAGCAGCGUGAGGAGAAUCAUGAGGAGAAGGCUACCUCAGAUGUCAUGUCUAUGGCAGUCAAACCCCAGAAGUUGCUCAACAUCAUUCGAGAGCUUAAUCCAAUGUUUGAAGGAUAUCUACAGCAUGAUGCACAAGAACUUCUCAGAUGUGUCCUCUCUUACCUGCAAGAUUCUGAAAAAGACCUGUUUAAUAUAAAGAAAAAUGUUUUGGAAAAAUUGCCUAAAAAAGAGGUGCCAAAGAAUGUUAUCAUGGAUCGGUUCUUGUCAAAAUGUGCUAGAUUGAAGUCAGAAAAUCAGCCUCAGAAUGUGUUUCACCAGCCUGAUAUUUUAGAUCAGAUAGAACAAAGUGAGGCUGCCAAAACUAGCAUUACUCAGACCACCACCCCAGUGGAAGCAGAUACAGCCUGUCUAGCCCAGGAAGAGGUUUUCAAAAUGGAGAGUGUGCCCAACUCAAAACUAAGAACUACCCGCACACCAAGGGGAAAGAAACCAAGCGAAGAGCAGAAAUCUAACCAAAAAACAAAACAAGCUUUAAAGCAAAAUACACCCAGAUCAAGGAAAGGAUGUGAUGAACCAGAUGGUACUACAGAAUCCAAGGGGGUAGAGUGUAAUGGCAGGAGAAAAAAUACAGAAACUGGUACGAGUGAAGUGAGUGAUUCUGGGACAGGGGAGGAGAAAAUGGAAACAGACUGUGGGGACAAUAAAACUGUUAAUGGCAAAGUAAAUGGUGAAAGUGGAAAAAAGGACAAAAAUGGAAAACAACAGACAAUUCUCGGAAUGUUCCAGAAUCAGAAGGCGGGGAAGAGACUAGGCAUGAGUCGAACAAUAUUGAGAAACUCCACGGUUAAAUCUGGUGCAGCUUGUCAAACAAGUGAUGGACUAGUAAAUGGUCAUUGUCAGGAUGAACCAGGUCUGGGUAAAACCGAGGAUGUGGUGAAGUGUAAAUCAGCCCCUGCUUUGGCAAAUGGAGUCAGUGGAUCCCCUUCAAAGAGCCAGUCUUCUCCAAGGAAACCAGUGGUGAAACUAGAAAAGUGUGAUCGAGUUUGUAACAGCCCACUCAAGUCGGUGAGUGCUCAACUAGCCACCCAGAAACUGUCGCCCUGUAAAUCUGGUUCAUCUCCAUCAAAGGGGAAUCCCAGAGAUGCUAAACAGAGGCUUGAUUUUGUUGUCACUUCCGAAAAUAAAGUGCUGAAUAGUAUUAACCUGAAAGCAAUUAAAACCAACUUUAUUGAGGAUCUCUUCCUGGGAAAGAUGAUGCUGCGUACGAAAUGUUGCGAGUGUGAGAAUUGCCGGGAGAGGAUUGAAGACUUCCAUGACAUCAGUGUACCAGUUCGAGUGGAGAAGACAGAGGAGAGCGAUGAUGAAGAGAAGGAAGAAGAUAGUGAUUCCUGCUUGAGGAAGCUGAUGUUUGCGUUCACUGAAGUGGAACGGCUGCGGGAUGACAACAAGUAUUUCUGUGACACGUGUCUGAGCCAUGUGGAGGCAGAGCGGUCCCUCCAUUACCAGGGACUCCCCAACAUUCUGACCUUGCACCUCAAGAGAUUCUCCACCAGCUCAGGAAUGUUUGGCUAUGUGUCCAAGAUAAAUGAUCAUGUGUCAAUACCUCUCUCAUUGCCCUGUCUACGGUACAAAUGUCCAAGCCCAUGCAGCAGACCAGACCACAGAUAUUUAUUGUAUGCAAUAAUCACUCAUGCCGGAGUGACCUUGACCUCUGGACACUACCUCUCCUAUGUCCACGUCCCCAGCAAUCAGGUGCAGGGUAGGGAGUCCCCCCGCCACUUCCUGUCCACCCCCACCCGCCGGUACCCCGGUCAGUGGCUGGAGUGUGAUGAUGAGACUGUGAGGGUACACGAUGAGGAGAGCUUCCUGGGCAUGUUACAGGGGGAGGAGGGGUCCCUGAUGGGGACACCUUAUGUCUUGUUUUACCAUCGCAAUACUCCAGUGUCAACUUGGUCUGUCUGACAGACUGCCAUAGAUGUUAACUUAUAUAUGUAGUCUAAUAUGCAAUGACUUUCAAUUCUAAUAAAUCAACUAAUUUUGUAGUAUAUUAAUUUUUUUCCUCAUUUGUUUUAAUUGAUUGUAUAUAUAUUAGAAUAAUACAUUAAAAUUGUUGAAUUUCAA